AUGGCUGGGGAGCCAGAAGUUGUCCUGAUAGCACUUCCCCAGGUCCAGGUUCCACCAGAGAGCCUCGAUGAAAACUCUGCAGAAGACCUUGAGACUGUGCCACGAGGGAGUCCUCUCAACCCUGCGGCCUCCAGGCAGAGGUUCCGGCAGUUCCGCUAUGAGGAUGCAGCUGGCCCCAGGGAUGUCCUCAGACAUCUCCAGGAGCUUGCUGGACAGUGGCUGAGACCUGAUAUUCACACAAAGGAGCAGAUUGUGGAAAUACUGGUGCAGGAGCAAUUCCAGGCCUUCCUCCCUGAGGAGCUCAGAGCUCGGGGACAGAGAUGUCAGCCUGGGGUCAGAAUCACUGGCUAA